GCUGGCGCCCCGCAGCUCUCUUCGGCCCGAGAGCUUAAGUCAGCCGCUAGUUUCUCUUCCCGAGGGUGAGGUUUCCCUGCGGGCUGACUGGGUGAGAGCUUUGUCUCCGCAGCUGCAGAAUGAUUUGGGCAACGGUGUUGGAGUAGUCCUCUGCCCUCUGUGAAGUUAAGAAACUCGAACACCUCUGAUGUUAUCUUGCUGAGAGUUUUAUUUGCGUUAUCUCAACUGGCCGUCUCUAACAGAUUAAUCAAUCUCCUUGUGAUGUGUUAAAAUCAAGGCAUAAAUUCCAAUUACAAGAUUAUAUAACUUUUGAGAGAUGUGGUUUUGAAUAAUGUUGCCCUCUUAAAAUGCACCCUAUUUUUCUCGGGAUCAGCCAGUGAGAUUCUGCAACCAUGACCUUGCAUGGAAGAUUCAUUGGAGCAGCCAGAACAAAGCAUCAGGCAACGGGAAGUCCAGCUCUUUGCUACUUGUUCAUGCAAGGGUGGAAGAGUCUUAAAUAUUUCAGCCAGUUCACAUAUCUUGGGAAUCAGUAAUAGUAUCAACGAGAGCGCAGCAUUUGAAUCCUGAAGGUGAUUUCUGGACUCUGGAAGUUGCAGGGCCUAAGAGGGUAUCAGAACAUAUAUAGUAAUGUUGCCUCAAAAGAGAGUUGAGAAUUCCCAGGCACGAAGUAGAACUUCACAAGUUAGGAAUACCUUUCAAACCAAUCUCUCAGCCUGGAAAGUAAAACAGAAACCAAGUGACGCAAAGACCAUCUUGAAACAAAAUCCAGUGGAAGCUCAUGAACAUACAGAUGAUCAAGCUGAAGACACUCUCCAAAUAGCAGUGGGAUACUGUGAGAAAGGUCCCAUUAAAACUUCAUGCAGUAAAGAUAAAAUUUUGGAAAAACACUUGAAAACUGUGGAAAAUGUAGCUUGGAAAAAUGGGUUGGCUCCAGAAGCAAUAGACAUUUUACUGAAUGUGGCACUCAGUGGCAAAUUUGGAAAUGCUAUAAACACACGGAUAUUGAAGUGUAUGGUUCCAACAACUUUAAUAUCAGGAAAUUCUGUGGUUAAAGCAGUCUCCUGGCUCUGUGUUGGCAAGUGUUCUGGUAGCAUCAAGGUACUUUUUUAUCGUUGGUUGAUUGUAAUGUUUGACUUCAUUGAUCAUAAGGAACAAAUUAACUUGCUUUAUGGCUUCUUUUUUGCUUCCUUGCAAGAUGGUGCACUGUGUCCUUAUGUCUGCCACUUGUUAUAUUUGCUCACCAAAAAAGAAAGUGUCAAACCAUUUCGUGUGAGAAAACUGCUUGAUCUUCAGGCCAAAAUGGGAAUGCAGCCACAUCUCCAGGCUUUGUUGUCACUAUAUAAGCUCUUCGUUCCUACUUUGAUUUCUGUAUCUUUGCCUAUAAGGAAGAAGAUCUACUUUAAGAACUCAGGAGAUCUGUGGAAUUCAGCUGUAUUUGCUGUGAGACUUAGAAACAAGGGACUUUUUUCAGAACCUCUAAGAUUGACAUUACGGCCAACUAAUUCCCAUCCUUUAAAAAGAAAAUGGAACUCUCACUCAUUUAUACCAGUACUAAAUUCUAGUAGCUCCAGUAACGGAUGUGGAAAAAAAGAGAUGAGUCUUUCUGAUUGUCUCAGUUGCGAUAGAUCACUUCCAUUAGAAAGGCUUCAGAGCUUCCCUCUACUCUUACAAAAUAUUGAUCGCUUAGAGCUGCCUUCUCAGAUGGGUUCAGUGCUAAACAACUCUCUGCUACUUCACUAUAUUAACUGUGUUGGAGAUGAGUCACUCUUACUGAGACUCUACCACUGGUUGAAUCAGACAUUACAAGAAGAAUGUAUUUGGUAUAAAGUAAAUAGUUAUGAACACAGAACAGAGUUUACCAACUUGCUGGACACCAUCACCAGGGCAGAGUGCUUCUUACAAGAGGGGUUUUAUUCUUGUGAAGCUUUCCUGUAUAAGAGCAUUCCUUUCUGGGAUGGCCUCUCUUGUCGGUCACAGAUCCUUCAGCUUGUGAGCUGGAUUCCUUUUAGUAGCUUCUCUGAAAUGAAGCCACUACUUUUUGACCAUCUAGCACAGCUCUUCUUUACAUCAACCAUUUAUUUCAAAUGUAGUGUUCUUCAGAGUCUGAAAGAGUUACUACAGAAUUGGCUGUUGUGGCUUUCUAUGGACAGCCACAGGAAGCCUAUGAUGGGCAGUCCUCUACAGACAACUUUGGGUGGAUCCAUGAACUCAGUGUCUAAACUGAUUCACUAUGUAGGAUGGCUGUCCUCUACUGCAAUGCGCUUAGAGAGCCACAGUACUUUCCUACUGCACUUUAUUUUGGAUUUCUAUGAGAAGGUAUGUGACAUAUAUAUAAAUCAUGACCUUCCAUUAGUGGUGUUGUUUCCUCCUGGGAUCUUCUACUCUUCACUUCUCAGCCUGGAUACCAGUAUCUUGAACCAGCUUUCUUGUAUUAUGCACAGGUAUCAUAAAAAUUUUACUGCUGCAAAGAAGAAUGAAUUGGUACAAAAAACAAAAUCAGAGUUCAGUUUCAGCACCAAGACUUGUCAAGAGUUUAAUCACUAUUUGACAACUAUGGUUGGUUGCCUGUGGACAUCCAAACCAUUUGAGAAAGGAAUAUAUAUUGAUCCCAUAAUCCUAGAAAAAACUGGAGCAGCAAAGUAUAAAAAUAGCUUAAAUUUAGUCCAUCACCCUUGUCUGUUGAGCUAUGCUGCUUCCUUUUUGCUACAGGAAGGCCCAGAAGAAAAAACAGUAAACAUGAGCUCUAUUCAGGGGAAGAAAUGGAACUGGUAUUUGGACUAUUUCUUUUCAGAAGGAUUCCAGGGCUUGAAAUUUUUCAUAAGAAGUAGUAUUCAUUCUGUCCCUUGAUCAGAAAGUAUAACCAUAAUGAUGAACAUUAAAUAAUGACACCUCAAAUAAAUAGCAUGCUAGACUAACCUUUUCCUUGUUGCUGGAAAGGCCAACUACCUCAACUUAGUUGAUUUUCUACUUGGAUUCACUAACACAAGUAUAGACUGGGACUGGGGAUUUGGCUUAGUGGUUCUGCUGCCUGCCUCACAGUUUGAUCCCCAGUACAAAAAAAAAAAAAAAGAUAGACUGGAUGUCUGACCAUGGUUUAGGAGAACCAUGGUGUGGCUAACUUAAUUUUUUUCAGGAAUUAGAUUUUUAGCCUACAUGUGAAAAAUCACCAUUUCUUCAUCAGGCUCUGCAUUCCACCAGAUUAUACAUGAAGAGACCCAUAUGCUUUGUGGUGGGAUUUUUUUUUUUUUACAUUUUUGUGUACUAUAAGCUGCUUUGGUGGAAGACAGCAGAUAAUACAGAGUGGUAGCUAAUUUGCUGACCUAUUCAUCAAAAUAUUCUGCUUCCUCAGUGAAAGCUCUAUAGAUACUGACAUUUUUCUUAAUGAGCAGUACCAACACUAAAUUAAUAGACGAUAAUGCACAUGACUAGGAUCCUGAAGUAGCUGAUAGCUUGUUAGGUCUUUACUGAUAGCAUUUUAAUGGGGGAAGGAAGGAGAGAAUUAUAGGGUUAAUCAAGAUAUUUCUGUUAAUGCUGAUUUGAUUUCAUGGAACUGCUCUA